CGCGAGAGUUUAGUACGGCCUUUCUCUCUGAGCUGCUGCCAAGGAAAGUGCUACACAUUGAGAACACUUCAUGAUGAGUUAUGCUGAAAAGCCAGAGGAUGUAACACGGGAAGAGUGGAUGGAAAAGCUCAAUAAUGUUCACAUUCAGCGGGCAGAUAUGAAUCGACUCAUUAUGAAUUAUCUGGUGACAGAGGGAUUUAAAGAGGCUGCUGAGAAGUUCAGGAUGGAAUCUGGAAUUGAGCCAAGUGUUGAUCUGGACUCUCUGGAUGAGAGGAUAAAAAUCAGGGAGAUGGUUCUGAAAGGACAGAUUCAAGAGGCCAUUGCAUUGAUCAACAGUCUGCAUCCUGAGCUGCUGGACACUAACCGCUACCUGUACUUUCAUCUUCAGCAACAGCACCUGAUAGAGCUGAUUCGCCUGCGGGAAACUGAAGCCGCACUGGAGUUUGCACAGACACAGCUGGCUGAACAGGGAGAGGAAAGUCGAGAGUGUCUGACAGAGAUGGAGCGCACCCUUGCACUCCUGGCAUUCGAUAACCCUGAGGAGUCACCCUUCGGUGACCUGCUGAACAUGAUGCAGAGACAGAAGGUGUGGAGCGAGGUAAACCAGGCGGUGCUGGACUAUGAAAACAGGGAGUCAACACCGAAACUUGCCAAGCUCCUCAAACUCCUGCUAUGGGCUCAGAACGAGUUGGACCAGAAGAAAGUCAAGUACCCCAAAAUGACAGAUCUCAGCAAAGGCACCAUCGAGGACCCCAAAUGAAAAAAUGAAAUGGCAUCUCUGUGCUUGCAUUCUGCGGGGAACAAUAUGGACACUUUCCCUUCCUUAACUAUUUAUACUCAGUGACUGACACUCAGACAUCCUUUUAUCAUCCAUUUGUUUUGUUUACUUGUUGCUUAUCAGAGACAUUGCAUUAUUUGGGCUGUGGAAAUAAGAUUGUUGAUAUUUAAAGGAUGACUCCUAGCCAAAAUGGAAACACUUUCAGACGCAGAGGGAUUUCUGUGAUUUUGUUUGCUGAGCUGAAUUUAUUGUAUUUUAACCAUUUUUGUUUUUGGCAAAGAACUAUUAUCUCUCUAUUUUGUCAGUGAAUGUUCAGAAAGUAUACACAUAUAGUCGAGGACUGAACCACACUGUUUAGAUCAUUUACAGUUUUACCGGAGGCCUCUGUGUCCACUGAUGUGAGGCACCAAAGGCACAAUAUUGGUGUCAUCAAGGACAGUGGAUUGAUUGUAUCACGGAGAGAGUUCUGUGUGCUUUCAGAACUUAAAGGGAUAGUUUACCUAAAAAUGAAAAUUCUCUCAUAAUUUACUCACCCUUAUGCCAUCCCAGAUGUGCAUGACUUUCUUUCUUCUGCAGAAUACAAAUGAAGAUUUUUGUUGAAUAUCUAAACUCUGUAGGUCCAUACAAUGCAAGUGAAUGGUGAGCAGAACUUUGAAGCUCCAAAAAGCACAUAAAGGCAGCAUAAAAGUAAUCUAUAAGACUCCAGUGGUUUAAUCAUGUCUUAUGUAGCGAUCCAAUCAGUUUUGGGUGAAAACAGAACAUAAACUCCUUUUUCACAGUACAUCUUGCUAUGAUGUCAAGCUUGAUCACACUUCUUAGUGCUUGAUGCAUUCGCAGAGCACUAGAUGGAGCUAGGAAGUGUAAUCAAGCUUGAAAUCAUGAUCGCCAAGGAGACUGCUGUCAAAAUUCUUAGUGAAAAAGGAGUUCUUUUUUUGGUCUGUUCUCACCCAAAAUCGAUUAGAUCGCUUCGGAAGACAAAGAUUUAACCACAGCAGUCAUAUGGAUUAGUUUUAUGCUGAAAUAUUCUUCUAAAAAUCUUCAUUUGUAUUCUACAGAAGAAAGAAAGUCAAACACAUCCGGGAUGACAUGAGGGUGAGUAAAUGAUGAGCAUAUAUUCAUUUUAGGGUGAACUAUUCCUUUAAUUUACCAGUGCAAAGGUAAACAUUUUGUAUGUGCGUUAAAGGACCCUCAAAGAACAUCUGCCCUUUUGAGUACAAAUUUUAUUGCAUAAUGUUAUAAAAUCAAGUGACUUUGUUCUCUA